AUGCUGCUAAUCUUCAACUUUUUCAUGAUUCUCCUGCAAAUACUGAUCAUUUCCUUUGCCCUGCUGAUCACUUGGGCCAUUUACUGUGAUCUCUCCAAGUCUGAGAUUCCUCCUGGCAUUGACCAGCCUAUGAAGCUUCGCAUUCUUAACUGGCUCUUGAUCCUUGCAUCAUUCCUGGUAAGUUUUUCGUGUGUUUUUUAACGAUGGAACCUUUUGUUUUUAAAUUGCCUCUGUGAUUAGGAAUAUAGCAAGCUGCCUUAGAAUCACAGAAUUGUAGAGCUGGAAGGGACCCCAAGGGCCAUCUAGUCCACCCCCCUGCAAUGCAGGAAUAGUGAGUCAGACCAUUGGACUAUUUUGCUCAGUAUGCUCCACAUUGACUGGAAGGGUCUCUUCCAGGUUUCAGGCAGGAAUCUUUCUCAGCCCUACCUGGAAGCGCCAGGGAUUGAACUUGGGACUUGCACACAAGGGUGAUGCUUUAACACUAAGCUAUAGUCUGACUCAAGCUCGCAUCCAUUAGGAUAUCAGGGUUGCAUGUUAUAUGGAACAGGAAUGGACCUUUAAAGCCCUAAAAGGCCUCGGUCCAGUAUAUCUGAAGAAGCGUCUCCACCCCAUCGUUCUACCUGGACACUGAGGUCCAGCACUGAGGGCCUUCUGGCGGUUCCCUCACUGCGAGAAGCCAAGUUACAGGGAACCAGGCAGAGGGCCUUCUCGGUAGUGACGCCCGCCCUGUGGAACACCCUCCCACCAGAUGUCAACUACCAGACUUUUAGAAGACAUCUGAAGGCAGCCCUGUUUAGGGAAGCUUUUAAUGUUUGAUGUGUUACAGUAUUUUAAUAUAUUUUUUUGGAAGCCGCCCAGAGUGGCUGGGGAAGCCCAGCCAGAUGGGUGGGGUAUAAAUAAUAAAUUAUUAUUAUAUAUGAUGAUGAUGAUGAUGAUGAUGAUGAUGCUGGACUCCAGCUCCCACGAGAGCCAGCAGAGAACAUGGGCACUGAAGCCCAACAACAGCUGGAGGUCUCAAGCCCCCCCAUCCCUAAUACACGACAACUCUUUUAACUUCUUGCAAGUCAGUUUGGAAAGAGAGAUGGUUUGGUAUGAAGCAGUCUAUGUCUAUAGAAUACCCAUAGCCCAGUAGCUCAACAACUGCUUUGCAUGCAGAAGGUCCACAAAUUCAAUCCCAACCAUCUCCAGGUCAGGUUGGACUGGGCUUGGGAAUGUCCCCUGCCUGGAAAGCCACCACCAAUCAGUGUAGAUACUGAUGAGCCAGAUAGACCAGUGGUCUGACUUAGUAUAACAGAGCUUCCUGUUUUCAGAUGGAAUUAAAUACGAUAGGAAGGGGAAGUAUGUAGGCUGAAUGAAAGAAAUAUGUAAAUACAGUUGUGCAUGCGAUCUUCCCUGGCAUAAUCUUGAAACUCAUCGUAGAGUAUUUGUGCUGCACGAAGAAGGUCCCAGAUUCAUACCCCAGCUUCUCCCACGGCCAAAGCAGGUGCAGGCAAGAGUGAACUAGGUGGACUCCACAAAAGCAGCAUCCCAUGUGUCAAUAGGAGGUCAUAAAAAUUGUGUGGCGCAGAGAAAGCGGAUAGGGGAAAGAUUUCUCCCCUUCUCUCAUAAGACUAGAACUCAUGGACCUCCAAGAAAGCUGAAUGUUAGGAGAUUCUGGACAAAUAAAGGAAAGCACUUCUUCACGCAGUGUAUAGUUAAGCUAUGAUACUGUCUCCCACGGGAGGCAGUGAUGGCUACCAACUUGGACGGCUUUAGAAUAAGAUUAGACAGAUUCAUGGAGGAUAAGGCUGUCACUGGCUACUAGCCACAGUGUCUGUGUUCUGCCUCCAUGGCCAGAGGCAGUAAUGCUUCUGAGUACCAGUUUCUGGAAACCACAGGAGGGGAGGAUGCUCUUGAAUGCUCCUGUGUGUUCAAGUUUCCUUCAGGUCCACCAUGGUGAGGCCAAGGUGCCGGACUAGAUGGGCUCUUCUUAUGUAUGCCUGUUGACCAUGUGGCUUUCUGGGCUCCAUCAAGGGGGAAAAGGGUAACGUAUGAGUUCAAAGAAUCCAUCCUUCCUGAUUAUACCCCAGCACAAAGGACCAUGGCAGGGACUGUGGAGCAGAUGGAAGGUUUGGUUCAGAAAGAAGCUACGGAGGAAACGGCAGCCCUAGCAAGGACUGCAGUGGGCAGUCUUGCUUUCCUAGGAUGAUGGUUCCCUUGAGCCAGAAGGAGAACUACUGAUGAAAGAGGUAGUGGUGGCAGGAAGAGAGCAUGGCUGGAGAGCUGGAAGGUUGGAGAGGCUACGGCCGAAGGGGUGCUACAAAGGCCAGCCCUGUUCCAUAUAUAGUGGUACCUCGGGUUACAGACGCUUCAGGUUACAGACUCUGCUAACCCGGAAGUAGUACCUCAGGUUAAGAACUUUGCUUCAGGAUGAGAACAAAAAUCGCGCAGCGGCAGCAGGAGGCCCCAUUAGCUAAAGUGGUACCUCAGGUUAAGAAGAGUUUCAGGUUAAGAACGGACCUUCAGAAUGAAUUAAGUUCUUAACCAGAGGUACCACUGUAGAGAAGCCAACUAGACUCAACAGCCUCGGUCCUGAAGGAGCAUCUCCACCCCCAUCGUUCAGCCCGGACACUGAGAUCCAGCACCGAGGGCCUUCUGGCGGUUCCCUCAUUGCGAGAAGUGAGGUUACAGGGAACCAGACAGAGGGCCUUCUCAGUAGUGGCGCCCGCCCUGUGGAGCACCCUCCCUUCAGAUGUGAAGGAAAUAAGCAGCUAUCCUAUCUUUAAAAGACAUCUGAAGGCAGCCCUGUUCAGGGAAGUUUUUAAUAUUUAAUGCUGUAUUGUUUUUAACACUCGAUUGGAAGCUGCCCAGAGUGGCUGGGGAAACUCAGGAUGGGCUUGGUAUAAAUAAUAAAUUAUUAUUAUUAUUAUUAUUAUUAUUAUUAUUAUUAUUAUUAUUAUAUAACAGGGACGUGGCAGUGUCCUCCAUGGGACUUGGGGGCCACCCCCAAACACAGCACUCUUUGGAGCAAUAGUAGAUUAUGGUUCACAUUGUGUUUUUGCGUCUUCCCUGCUUCUUCAGUCGUGUUCUUGUGGGUGCUUUCAGGAACUACAGCCCCAGGAGAUAUAAGACUUUCACCAAAGUACUGACCAGCACAAACAGAGCUUCCAGUGCAGCACAGUCUAAACAAACCCAGUUUAAACAUAGGGGGGCAGUGUGUGUCCACACACCAGAAGUAAGGGAAAGGUCAAUAUCACAGGGUGCCAUGCACCAGAGCAGAGUAACUAGACUCGGGAAAUAAGACAGAGAUCCGUGUUGCUUCCAGAACCAGGAAGGCAUUAUAUACCCUGGCCUCCUGACAGGAGGAACACAAGAAGAGCCUGCUGGAACAGGCCAAUGGUCUAGCAUCCUGUACACCCAGAUGCCUGUGGGAAACCAGCAAGUGGCAUUCGAGCACAAGAGCCUCUGCCCUUCUUUCACUUCCCAGCAAUUGGUAUUCAGAAGCUUUGCUGCCUCCAACUGUGGCAGCAGAGCAUAGCCGUUGACAGAUUUAUCCUCCAUGAAUUUGUCUCAUCCUCUUUGAGAGCCACCCACGGCUGCUGGCAGUGAAGGAGUAUCAGGUAGGCCUGAGGCCUGGGCGAUGUACUGAUGUAUGAAGGGCAGGCCGUGAAGGCUGCUUCACCGGGCGGUAUAUUACAGGUGAAACCGCCUCCGCUCCUGGGUCCCUCUGCUACCAGUGUCACUUUCAACACCAGGCCACUGGUAGCAGAGGGACUCAGGAGCAGUGGCUGCUUCACCCGAAAGUUACGGUCGGGUGAAGCCACCAUCGUUCUGCCCCUCACACCGCAGAGGGAGGAGCAAGCUGUAUCGCCAGGCUGAUACAGCUUGUUCCUUCCUCUGCUGUUUUAAACUGCUCUCACCUGCCAGCUAAGCAAGCCCUGUGUGGUGUAGUGGUUAAGAGCAGUAGACUCGUAAUCUGGUGAACCGGGUUCGCAACUCCGCUCCUUCACAUGCAGCUGCUGGGUGACCUUGGGCUAGUCACACUUCUCUGAAGUCUCUCAGCCCCACUCACCUCACAGAGUGUUUGCUGUGGGGGAGGAAGGGAAAGGAGAAUGUUAGCCACUUUGAGACUCCUUCAGGUAGUGAUAAUGUUGGCUAUCAAAGCCAAACUCUUCUUCUUCUGAUGCCUCGUAUGCAAGCUGGAGAGGCAUGGGGCAUGCUCAGUUGGGGGGCGAAACCAGUUUCAUGCUCAGCUGGGGGGCAGGAGCCUUCCCUCUCCCUAGCUGAGCCUCAGAAAGAAGUCCCGAGGUCCCUGCGGGGGACUCGCUUAGCUGGGAGGAGGGAGCCCUCCCACUCCCCAGCUGAACCUCGCAAACAAGUUGCAUUGUCCCGGCCCAUGAGGCACUGUGGUGAAAAGUGCCUCAGCUCCCAUAGUGAGAGCUGUGGCAGUUUCACCUAGCACCUCUUGGGCUGGGGCCAUUGCAGCUUGUAGUUUCAGCCUCGCAGUGUAUCGCCAGACCACAAUGCUUGGCUGAUGAUACAUCAUGAUGUUGAAAACCUGACAUCUCCCAGCCCUAGUGUCAGGGCUUGCUUACUUACGAAGAGACACCUCACUCACAAGUAGACUCAGUGUUGGCCUCAGGGGGCCCUGCCUGCUCCUCAGUAUCCUCAGACUGUGAGGUGUCUUGUUCAUCCGCUAAGAACUCGGAAUCUGGCACUCUGCUAGGGCUAUACAUGACAAUGACAGAAAUAGGGAAUAUAAUCAUCAUCAUAAUAAAUUUUAUUUGUAUCCCGCCCUCCCCAGCCGAAGCCAGGCUCAGAGCAGCUAGCAUCAUAUAAAGAAGAAGAAGAAGAGUUUGGAUUUGAUAUCCCGCCUUUCACUCCCUUUAAGGAGUCUCAAAGCGGCUAACAAUCUCCUUUCCCUUCCUCCCCCACAACAAACACUCUGUGAGGUGAGUGGGGCUGAGAGACUUCAGAGAAGCGUGACUGGCCCAAGGUCACCCAGCAGCUGCAUGUGGAGGAGCGGAGACGUGAACAAGACAAGACAAGACAAUAUGCAUAAUACAAUAUGCAAAUAAAACAACAUUUAUUAAAAUAAUAUAGAAUAACAUUAAAUAUUAGCAUUUCAAGAUUUAACAGAAAUCCACUCCUAACAGUUACAAUAAGUAACUGCAGUGGGGCAGAGUGGGAGAAUGAUAGCAGUUGCUGGAAACCACAGGAGGGGAGAGGGCUCUUGUGCUCAGUUACCUCUUGAGGGCUUCCCAGAAGAGACAUCUGGUUGGCCACUAUGAGAACAGGAUGCUGUGCUAUAUGGUGCCAUUGGACUCUUCUUAGGAGAAUGGAAACAUCCAGCACAGGAGAGAACACACUCUUUGGAAUUCAUAUCACCUCCUCUCCUCUCACUGUAUUUUUCUUCCAAACAGGGGAAGAUUCUGGAGAAUCUCCACCUGUGCACUGAGAUUCACUUCUACCGCUACAUCCAAGAAGUAAAGAGGAUGGGGGAGGACCCCAAGCUUGACAUUAGGGACCUGGUGUUUGAGGACAUCCCAGUAAGGGUUUACCAGCCACGGGGCCCAAGAGAAAGAAGAGGAGUCAUCUACUUCCAUGGAGGAUCUUGGAUGUUCGGCAGCAUCAGUAAGGCAUCCUGAAAAGUCAGCCACUUCCACUUGAGGAAGGCAUGGAGCAGAGGUGUUGAUGGGUGUGGCCUGGGGAAGAGGGUAUCUCACCUGAGAUGGCCAAGGGUCAAAUAGAAAGGACUUGAGGGCUUCAUUUUGUCCAUGGACCUGAGGAUCCAUAACUCCAUCUCCCUGAAAUGCAACAUUAUAAUAGUUCUCAUCCUUAUUAGACAGUCUUCAUUUAUUUCUAUUUAGGAUGAUAGAUGAUGAUGGUAAUAAUAACUAAUUAUUUAUUUUUAUUCAUCAUUAUAUUGUAACAUGGGGACAAUUUUCAAGGCUAGGGAGGAAAUGGUUAAACUUCUCUUUCCCCACAUGCUGUGGGACGGCAUUUUUUGUAUUACUUAAAAAGAAGCUAGUCAUGGUUACUAAUAAUGAAAUAAAUGUAAUACCUAGUUCAUCACCAAGAUAAAUACUGUCUGUAGCAUUGAGAAACAACUGAAUUUGUCUUGGAUCAAAUCUGCUUUUCCUAUUUGAUUUGUUAUUCAGGUCAAAAUCAGAUCUCUGAAAUCUGAUGCUCUGCCCCCGGCCCCAUCAGUAAUCUAAAAGAAAAGCUAUAUUUUUUUCCUGCAGAAGUGAAUGAAAGUUGCAGGCAAAUUUGCCCUUAUAGACUGAAACUGGAUAAACUGCAAGCAAAUCCAUCCAGGUUUUUUAUUUUUAUUUUUUUAGCAGUUUUUCUACAAGGAAAGAUUUGACCAUUUUGGUGUGGGCAGUCAGUCAAAAAAACCGGAGACAUGAAGCCAAAGAACAAGGGAGAUGGUCCUCCAAUGGAUGAGAAAAGGAGCAGGUGGAAAUAAUUUUCAACAGGGGAAAUGGCUCAACAGGAAAGAAGUUACUCCACUGUGUUGGUUGUUGACGUCAAAAAGUAACCUUAGCCAGGGAAUCAGUAGUACGUACAGUUGGUUCCACAUGUCAACAACAUCAUUGUUUAUCAGUACCAGUUUGAACUGCUUGUUUUUUUAGCAAAUAAGAUAGAACCACCUACACAACUGCCCACCUAACAGUUCAAAAGCACAUCAAAGUUCAAGUAGAUAAAUAGGUACCGCUCCAGCGGGAAGGUAAAUGGCAUUUCCGUGCACAGCUCUGGUUUGCCAGUAGCGGCUUAGUCAUGCUGGCCACAUGACCCAGAAGCUGUAUGCCGGCUCCCUCGGCCAGUAAAGCAAGAUGAGCGCCGCAACCCCAGAGUCGUCUGCGACUGGACCUAACAGUCAGGGGUCCCUUUACAUUUACCUACACAGAACUUUAAAAAACAACAAGAACACAACCUCACAUUUGACCUUAAGCUUUGAGCUGCAACCUUAAGGGACAAAAAUCAAGUCUGGGGCUCUAGCUCUGGGACCAACCUCUGAUUUGUCUGUGGCAAUUUCCUCUGCAGCACUUGAGGGAGGAUAGAACAGUUGGGCUAGAUGAAAUGAGAAAGAUUUUUGCAGUAAUUGAGGGAUGAAUGCUGUUCUGGUUGUGGAUUUCUGUCCAUCUAACUCAGUGUUGGUACCUGUGAUGGUUGGUGCCUACUGGGACUGGUACGGUGGAAAGCAGGGAGGCCAACAGUAGCCAAAGCCAAUGACAGGCAGACUCAACUAAUUCUAGUUUUGUCUCCAUCCUCCUCCUCCUCUUCCUCCUUGCAAGGGAAACAAUGAGACCAAGAAGGAGAAAGGUGAUAGUCAGUGCCACUGGCUGAGAUCAGACUGAGGAUGAGUUUCUCAUGCUACACACACACACACAGAGAGAGAGAGAGAGAGAGAGAGAGAUGUCCUUAUGGAUGAUUAGAGAGGGAAAAGUCUUCAUGCCUUCAGAUCCCAGAAGAGCUACAAGUGUUGUCUGUUUGUCUGUUUCCCCUUCUUCUUCUUCUUAACUUUAUUUUUCAGUUUCUAAAAAUACAUAUAACAGAUCAUCUCCAUAUACCCCUAUGCAACAAGUAACAUUCCAGGUGUAUAUGAUGUAAAUAAUGCAACCAAACAUUCAGCUUGCAAAUAGAACAGAUUACAUCAGUUGGGUAUCUUCCUACUCUCCAUCUUAACAGAUUGUCCCAGAGUGAGCCGGGAAUAGCUGGCGGUGAGGAGCUCACCUUGUCCUUUCAAGUGUACUGAAAAAUGCAUAACAUACAGUUUGGGGUGGGGAGCAUGGAAUGGUCCUUGUGUCUCUGAGCAUUCUAAGAUGCUUUGUUGGUUUCCUCAUAAAGGGCUAUAAAUGAAUAAUCUUGAAGUGCUCAGGUGCACAAAGACCAAAGGCGAAUCAUAUUUAGCUCAUUUGGCAGAUCAUUAAAUUAUUAACCUUAGAGUUGUGAGCAGGGCCAUCUUAAGUAUAUCUAUGGGCAAGAUGCCCCUGGUUGAACAAAAUGUUGAAGAAAAGAUUCCUGCAUUGCAGGGCUUGGACUAGACAAGCCUUGUGGUCCUUUCUAACUCUACCAUUCUAUGAUUCUACUAUUUUGAAACUGUAUGGAACAUGUUUGUUGCUUUGGUUGUUCUAAUUGGAAUCAUUUGCCUUCAUAACACCUGUAUUAAUCCCAACUUUCUGCUAGGAUGAGACGGCCUCCAGAACUCUUCUAACAUGGCCCACACAUCUUGUCUUUCCAGAUUCCUAUGACCGCCUUUGCCGCUACAUUGCUAAAGAAAGUGAUUCGGUGGUGCUUUCUGUUGGGUAAGUAAACAGACCCUGGGAACUGACUAAUAGCGUUAUACUGCUGAAUUUGCUAAACGCUGCAGGGAUUCCACCACUGGCACCUGCCUGGUCACACAUUCAGUGGACAGAAUGUGGAGUUCCCAACUGGCAUCACUUAAUGGUGGACCCCAGCAGAAGGCUAUCUCUUCCCAACUGAAACACACCCAGCCCAAUGAAAAGUAAAUUCAGAUUGCAGUGCCUGAUGGGAAAAUGGCUUUGAGUUUGGGGUUGGAUCCUAUUCAGAGUAGGCCCAUUAAUGUUAAUGACCAUGAGUAACUUAGGCUUAUUAAUUGUAAUAGGUCUACUCAGAGCGGAACCUAGCUGGCUACAACCUUUCAUUAUGAGCAGGCAUAGGCAAACUCAGCCCUCCAGGUGUUUUGGGACUACAUUUCCCAUCAUCCCUGACCACUGGUCCUGAUAGCUAGGGAUCAUGGGAGUUGUAGUCCCAAAACAUCUGGAGGGCCGAGUUUGCCUAUGCCUGAUUAUGAGCCACGUAUGGUUGAAAUCAUGUGAGUUAAAUGUGUAUAAGAAGUGAUCCUAUUGUGCUGUUAUUUUGGUUUGGUUAUUCUGGCCAGAUUUGUCUUAUAUACAAAUAAAUCAUAUCCCAGGUAUCAUUUGGCCCCUGAGGAGAAAUAUCCAUCCCAGUAUAAGGACUGCCUGACUGCCAGCAUACAUUUUAUGAAAACCGCCAAAGAUUAUGGAGUCGACCCGGCCUGCAUCGUCAUCAGCGGAGACAGCGCCGGAGGGAAUAUUGCCGCCUCUGUCUGCCAGGCAUUAGUGACCAGAUCUGGUAUCCCGAGGCCACUUGCUCAGAUUCUGAUCUAUCCUGGCCUCCAAGCGAUAGAUUUCAACCUGCCUUCGUACCAGCAAAACCAAGCCAUCCCCAUCUUGUACCGGGAGAAUGUCAUUGGCGCAGCCUUGCGGUAUCUCAAUAAGGACUUGUCAGUGUUAGAAAGCGUUAUGCAGGGCUGCCAUGUUCCCAGAGACAUGAGAAUGAGAUUUGGGAAGUGGAUCAGCUCGGAAAACAUCCCCAGUGAGUUUAAGGUCAGAGGCUACAAGCCACCUAUGGCCGCUUCCUAUGAGGACAACCUCUACGAAGUGGUGAAGCAAGCGCUAGAGCCAACUUUCUCUCCGCUCAUGGUAGAUGACGUUGUGGUCAGCCAACUUCCAAAAACAUGCAUCGUAACUUGUGAGUAUGAUGUGCUACGGGACGAUGGCAUCCUCUACAAGAAAAGACUGGAGGACAAUAGGGUACCGGUCACCUGGUACCACAUUGAAAAUGGAUUUCAUGGGGUGAUAAGUCUAUUUGAUGGAUUUCUAUCAUUUCCUUCUGGGAAAAAGGGGGUAGACAGCAUUAUAACAUUUCUAAAAGACUUAUGA